ACUACUAAUACCCCCACCGCACCGCCGCGCCGGAGUCAGUGGACGCCAGCCAGGUCGUCGUCGCCUGACUGUAUGCUACAGCUCGGCCUCCUCUAGACUCACCCGCAACCCCACGCCGCCGCCCUCGCCCGGCCGCCAUGGGAGGCCUCGAGGAGAUCAAGAAUGAGGCCGUUGAUCUGGAGAACAUCCCGAUCGAGGAGGUGUUCGAGCAGCUGAAAUGCACGCGCGAGGGGCUCACCUCCGACGAGGGGGCGCGGCGUAUCGAGGUGUUCGGCCCCAACAAGCUCGAGGAGAAGAAGGAGAGCAAGGUACUCAAGUUCUUGGGGUUCAUGUGGAACCCGCUGUCUUGGGUCAUGGAGAUGGCCGCCAUCAUGGCCAUCGCGCUGGCCAACGGUGGCGGCAAGCCGCCGGACUGGGAGGACUUCGUCGGUAUCAUCGUCCUGUUGGUUAUCAACUCCACCAUCUCCUUCAUCGAGGAGAACAACGCCGGCAACGCCGCCGCCGCGCUCAUGGCCAACCUUGCGCCCAAGACCAAGGUGCUCAGGGAUGGCCGAUGGGGUGAGCAGGAGGCAGCAAUUUUGGUUCCUGGUGACAUUAUCAGCAUCAAGCUCGGUGACAUCGUCCCUGCUGAUGCUCGUCUCCUUGAGGGUGAUCCCCUCAAGAUUGAUCAGUCUGCCCUUACUGGUGAGUCCCUUCCGGUGACCAAGAACCCUGGUGAUGAGGUCUUCUCUGGCUCGACCUGCAAACAGGGUGAGAUUGAGGCUGUGGUCAUUGCCACUGGAGUGCACACGUUCUUCGGCAAGGCCGCUCAUCUUGUUGACAGCACCAACCAAGUUGGUCACUUCCAGUCGGUCCUCACUGCGAUCGGGAACUUCUGUAUCUGCUCGAUUGCGGUUGGUAUUGUGAUCGAGAUCAUUGUUAUGUUCCCGAUCCAGCACCGUGCCUACCGCAGUGGGAUUGAGAACCUGUUGGUCCUCUUGAUCGGUGGUAUCCCAAUUGCCAUGCCUACUGUGCUCUCGGUCACCAUGGCUAUUGGUUCCCACAAGUUGUCCCAGCAGGGUGCUAUCACCAAGAGGAUGACUGCCAUCGAGGAGAUGGCUGGCAUGGAUGUUCUGUGCAGUGACAAGACCGGAACCCUCACCCUUAACAAGCUGAGUGUCGACAAGAACCUUGUUGAAGUGUUCACAAAAGGUGUUGACAAGGACCAUGUUUUGUUGCUGGCUGCAAGGGCAUCUAGGACAGAAAACCAAGACGCCAUUGAUGCUGCCAUGGUUGGUAUGCUUGCUGAUCCUAAGGAGGCCAGGGCCGGUAUCAGGGAAGUGCACUUCUUGCCCUUCAACCCAGUUGACAAGAGGACCGCUCUAACUUACAUUGACGCCGAUGGAAACUGGCACCGUGCCAGCAAGGGUGCUCCUGAGCAGAUCCUGACCCUGUGCAACUGCAAGGAGGAUGUGAAGAGGAAGGUGCACAAUGUGAUUGACAAGUAUGCUGAGCGUGGGCUUCGUUCUCUUGCAGUUGCAAGACAGGAAGUACCUGAGAAAUCGAAGGACUCUGCUGGUGGACCAUGGCAAUUCGUAGGUCUGCUGCCCCUGUUUGAUCCCCCGAGGCAUGACAGUGCUGAAACUAUCCGGAAAGCACUCCAUCUUGGUGUGAAUGUUAAGAUGAUCACUGGUGACCAGCUUGCUAUUGGUAAGGAGACUGGAAGGAGGCUUGGAAUGGGCACAAACAUGUAUCCUUCAUCCGCAUUGCUCGGACAAAACAAGGACGCUUCACUUGAAGCACUUCCUGUGGACGAGCUCAUUGAGAAGGCUGAUGGUUUUGCUGGAGUCUUCCCUGAGCACAAAUAUGAGAUCGUGAAGAGGUUGCAGGAGAAGAAGCACAUCGUCGGUAUGACCGGAGAUGGUGUGAAUGAUGCCCCUGCUCUUAAGAAGGCCGACAUUGGUAUUGCUGUUGCUGAUGCUACAGAUGCUGCAAGAAGUGCUUCCGACAUUGUGCUCACUGAGCCAGGUCUUAGUGUCAUUAUCAGCGCUGUCCUCACUAGCAGAUGCAUCUUCCAGAGGAUGAAGAACUAUACUAUUUAUGCAGUUUCCAUCACCAUCCGUAUAGUGCUUGGAUUUUUGCUUAUUGCCCUGAUCUGGAAAUACGACUUCUCACCCUUCAUGGUCCUUAUCAUUGCCAUCCUGAACGAUGGUACCAUUAUGACGAUCUCAAAGGACAGAGUUAAGCCUUCUCCCUUACCAGACAGCUGGAAGCUGAAGGAAAUCUUUGCUACUGGUAUUGUGCUCGGAAGCUAUCUUGCUCUGAUGACCGUUAUUUUCUUCUGGGCCAUGCACAAGACAGACUUUUUCUCGGACAAAUUCGGUGUCAGGUCAAUCAGGAACAGCGAACAUGAGAUGAUGUCUGCACUCUACCUCCAAGUCAGUAUUGUGAGCCAGGCCCUCAUCUUCGUCACCCGUUCUCGCAGCUGGUCCUUCGUCGAACGUCCUGGCCUACUCUUGGUCACUGCAUUCAUGCUUGCACAGCUGGUUGCGACAUUCAUUGCUGUCUACGCCAACUGGAGCUUUGCCAGGAUCAAGGGUAUCGGCUGGGGCUGGGCUGGUGUGAUCUGGCUUUACAGCAUCGUGUUCUACUUCCCGCUCGACAUUUUCAAGUUCUUCAUCCGCUUCGUGCUGAGUGGAAGGGCCUGGGACAACCUCCUCGAGAACAAGAUUGCGUUCACCACCAAGAAGGAUUACGGCAGAGAGGAGAGGGAGGCACAAUGGGCUACCGCACAAAGAACACUUCACGGCCUCCAGCCACCUGAGGUCGCCUCCAACGCUCUCUUCAACGACAAGAGCAGCUACCGCGAGCUCUCUGAGAUCGCCGAGCAAGCCAAGAGGAGAGCUGAGAUCGCAAGGCUGAGAGAGCUGAACACUCUCAAGGGCCACGUCGAAUCAGUGGUGAAGCUGAAAGGGCUGGACAUCGACACAAUCCAGCAGAACUACACAGUGUGAGGAAACCCCUUCUGAAUUCGACGAGAGCUUAUUAUCAUCAGCGCGCUGGAGCGAGAAUUGCAAAUGGCGCUCUGGUCUAAAGGAAAUUUUCGACGAAACGAUUGAAAGAAAAAAAAACAUGGCUGAUCUGACCAGCCCUAGUUGUAAAGUGCUACCAAAUAUAUGGUUCGGUUUCCCUCUUCUAGAGAGGUUUUACGUUCUAGUGGAGUACCUACCGUACGUGCGUCUUGGAGUACGACGACGUCUUGUGAUCGCUUUUGCUCUUUUUCCCCCUAACUAGCCGGUGUUCUUGCGGAAUGCAAGAUGGAGAAAAUAAUGGAUGGAUGACAAAUUUUCUGCCACUUUAAUUCUCACUUUGGC